AUGUCACCAAACAAAGCACAAUCCUCACAAACCCCAACCAAAACAACCUAUAACCUCCACAAACCAAAACCAGCCUACUAUCCUCACCCCGGCUCCCCAAUUUAUCCCGAUCGAGAUCUCUAUACCAAAAUAGCCACCGCUCCCAAAACAUUACUCUCAACCCACAUAUGUCCACCACGAUCAGGGAUGGCCAUCCAAAUCCCCGCCAAAUCAAUCUUUCGUCUCACCACCCCAGAAGGACCCCAAGUCUGUGAUUUGAAUCUUUGGAACAUGCACAACCCCCGUGAACGAUUCUGGGCCGCCAGAACUAGACAAUUACAUUCCGCCCAUGUGAGUACUUUUGAUCGACUUUGGUCUAAUUUACCAUUUCUCCGUCCGAUGGUGACGAUAAUUGGAGAUACCUUGGCCGAGGGUCCAAAUGGGGCCAGACAUGAUGAAUGGGGAGGACGGGUUCAUGAUACAUUGGGGACCAGGUGUGAUCCAUAUAUUGAUAAAUUGAUCAGCGGACAUGAUAAUGAUUUCCAUUGUCAUUCGAAUUUAACGAGAGCGAUUAUGAAGUUUGGAUUGAAUGAGUAUGAUGUGCAUGAUGUGUUGAAUGUUUUUCAGGUGACUGGGUUGAAUGAGUAUGAUCAAUAUUUUAUGGAGACUUGUCCAAGUGGGAAAGAUGAUUAUUUUGAGUUAUUUGCUGAACAGGAUUUAUUGGUGGCGAUCAGUGCUUGUCCUGGUGGGGAUUUGUCACAGUGGGAAUGGGGUGAGAAUGAUGAAUUGGAAGAGAUGAAGAUGGUUGAGUGUUGUAGAAGUUUGGGAAUUGAGGUUUAUAAGUUGGAUAAUGAAGAUGAGGUAUUGAAAGAUUGGAAACCUCCACAAGUUGUAAACUACAAAGGAAACCAUGGUUUAAAACAUCCUUGA